CGCCGUGACGACGAUCGGCACGACAACCGCCGUGACGACGAUCGGCACGACAACCGCCAUGACGACGAUCGGCACGACAACCGCCGUGACGACGAUCGGCACGACAAUCGCCGUGACGACAACCGGCACCACGACGACGACCACCACAGGGGUGGCGAUGGCGGCGGUGGCUGGGGACGUUAUCUGCUGUAGCUGCGCUGCAAGCAAUGAGGCGUAUGCCGUGCGGCACAAGUGGGGCAUGCCAUGCGGGCUGUGGAAUGGCCCUGACAGCCAGGCCGUCAGGCCGUCUGGCGCAGAGGCCAGAAGGCUCUAGACGCAGCUGAGAGGAGGAUAUAUGGGACUUUUGGGGGUUUAGGAGAUGAACGGCGCACGAUGGGCAGAAAUGACCCGUGGGUCACUUCGAGCGUGCAUCCCCCUGUCUUCGCUUCCUUUUUGCGUACUACCAUCCAUGGAGGGGCAUUCCAAUGUAUAUGUGGUUUAUGAGACGUUCUUCGUAUCUAAUGCUGAUGAAUGCGUUCAGCUAAGCUGCAAACAUGGCAGCACUCAUUGGGCGGCUAAACAUAGGUGUCCUGGAUGCAUCGGGGCAUGCGCGUUGGUUUGAUCGCAUCGCGCGGGGUAGGAGACGUAGGAGGCUUAGUGCUGUGCUCUACGAACGGUUUGCGCGCGUGGCGUUUGCGCGAUGCCGCACUGUACAAUAUGAACAUGGAAGCGCGCAGCGGCGGGAGGUACCGUACUGCACGCACGUACACACCUGCCUGUUAGCCACCCCUAGCACGUGGCUUUUCAGUAUUGUUGAUUUGUUGUACAUGUUGAGCCUGAACUAGGCUGUGCUCUUGUUGCUGAUUGGUAUGGAACGAACCUAGGCCGGGUUCCGGCUUUCUGGGCUAAGAUAAGGUUUAAGAUUGCACAGGUUGCAUGGCGGGGGCCCCCGUACAUGCCCCCGCCAUGUACGGGGGCGUGUACAUGGCGGGGCCCCCGCAAUGAUUGUGUUUCCUGGUUCGGUCCCGCGGGGUUACUUGGCGGUCCAUCUGUUCCUAGUUGGCUGUUGAUUGCCUGUUGUCCGCAC